CGUUCGCGAACGACCCAACUGUAGUAGUCACGUGACGAGCGUCGCCCAGGUUGUGUCGAAAGCAUCCUGCUAUUAGCUGCUAGCGAGGAGUCAAGUGAUGUGUUGAUUUUUUAUGGGAUUUAGACAUGUAGGAAACACGAACGUUGCUUUAGCGGAGGCAGCAAGAAGAAGAAGAGGAGCCACCGCCUAACAUGGCCUUUAUCGCCAGAAUCCGAGGAGGUUCUUUAUCAACAAGACAUUAGCCCCGGCUAACGCUACAAAGUUUGACGGACAACAACAGCAUCGCUAGCUUAGAUAUCAUCUUGUCUGUUUCCUACAAAAGCUGCAUGUCUUGGAGUUGCUUCUCAAAUCCGGGCGAUUACGAUUCCGAGCCAGCUAUACACGCCAAACCACGUUUUGAACAAUCUCGGUCUAAGCUAACGUCACGGCAAGUGAAUAUUUAUUGACAACUUUUUGAGCAACUAAUGCUAACACUGUGCUAGAGUCCAGUGUGACACACAAGCAGGUUGGUUUUGUCCUCAACUGCCAUUCGUCAUAAUUCGAUAUUUUGUUCCUCGACGAAAAAAACAACCGCAGGAUGUCAAACACUGGGAUUAAUAGCAAGGUAUCGCCAUUGUUUAUGCACAUCUGUCUGCUGGAUUCCCUAAUCUGUACUAUACACACAACAGCUACCAUAGCUUUGCAAUAGCUGCGCGGAUUGCAAUAUCGUAGAUAGUGUUAUAGAAUUAUUACCAGAUAGUUUGUAUAGAGAGAUAAUUGUCGCGUUAUGUCGGGGGAUAGCAGUGAUGACUCGGAUGCGCAAACGCAUGAAAGAGCCUGGACCGUCAAGCAUCAAAUCACGAAUGCUAACCUCACUGGACACCCUGAAAAGGUUGGCAUGGAGAACUUUGAACUCCUCAAAGUGUUGGGCACUGGAGCUUAUGGAAAAGUGUUUUUGGUGAGAAAGAACAGCGGUCAUGAUGCAGGCCAACUCUAUGCAAUGAAGGUGCUUAAGAAAGCGGCAAUCGUUCAGAAAGCAAAAACCACAGAACAUACACGCACCGAGAGGCAGGUGUUGGAGCACAUCCGCCAGUCACCCUUCUUGGUCACACUCCAUUAUGCCUUUCAGACUCAGAGCAAGCUGCACCUCAUCUUGGACUAUGUGAGCGGAGGUGAGAUGUUCACUCAUUUGUAUCAACGGGAUCACUUUUCUGAAGAAGCAGUACGACUUUAUAGUGCUGAAAUAAUCCUGGCGCUGGAACAUUUGCACAAGGUUUGUAUUGCUCUAUGGAAAUACUUAUGGAUUUAUUAUUUGUGGGUCUUCAGUGAUACUGCAUUAUUGCGUAAUAAGAACAAUGAAUGGCUAAUGCAUCAACAAGGUACUGUAUUUGAAACACAAAUACAUUGGUUGCCACUGGAUUUUUAAAUUGAUCUGUUUGAUGCAUUUAAGUAAAUUUUAUA